AUGCCCACCAACUUCGCCGCCAUCGUUCCCGGCAAGAACCAGUCGCUGGUCGUCCAGGAAGCGCCGUACCCAACAGCGGGAGAGAACCGCAUCGUCGUGCGGGUCCAUGCCCUGGCAGUCAAUGCGGUUGACUAUGCCACUCAGAUGAUGGGUGAGACUCUCUUUCCGUGGGUCACUUAUCCACUGGUGCUGGGAGAGGACAUCGCGGGUGAGGUCGUUGCGAUUGGUCCGGGAGUCACCCGCUUUAAGCCUGGUGAUCGCGUGGUUGGCCACGCAGUGGGAACCAACAGCAACAACAGCGCUGAAGGAGCCUUCCAACAGUAUGUGGUGUUGCUAGAGAACAUGGCUUCUCCUCUGCCCCACGCUCUCGAAUAUCAACAGGCAGCUGUUGUCCCUCUGGCGUUCUCCACCGCGAUCGUGGGUCUAUUCCAAAAGGACUAUCUGGGUCUGCAGAUCCCGUCGCUGACCCCAACCCGGACGGGGAAGACCCUAUUGAUUUGGGGUGGAGCCACCAGUGUGGGCUGCAACGCCAUCCAGCUGGCUGUCGCGGCUGGAUACGAGGUCAUCACUACUUGUUCCCCGCAUAAUUUCGACUUGGUCAAGAGUCUAGGGGCUACGGCGGCGUUUGACUACAAGAAACCGUCAAUCCGUGACGAUCUCCGAGAGGCCUUUCGAGGCAAGACGUGCGCAGGAGCCCUAGCUAUUGCUGGCGUGGUUCCUCAGACCCGCAAUGAAGCGGCGGAGGCUUGUCUCAACCUGGUUGCCGAGUCCGAGGGUGACAAGUUUGUCGCUUUGUCGAUGCCUGCACCCCCGAACGUGCCGGACGGAGUGUCUUGCAAGUUCAUCUUCGCCAGCACCGUCAAGGAUAAUGAGGUCAGCCAUCAGCUCUACGGAUACCUCGGUGAAGCUCUAGCACACGGAAGCUUCAUUGCUGCGCCCGAGGCCGAGGUGGUGGGCACUGGAUUGGAGGCGGUUCAAGGGGCCUUGAAUGCCUUGAAACAAGGGGUUUCGGCUAAGAAGCUGGUGGUGACGUUGCCGUAA